CCCAUUUCCACUUUCUUUUCUCUUCCUUCACUUCCUCCCGCUCCCCUACCCGUGAACUACAUACGUCGGCUUCACAGCGUUGUUGCAACGAGACCCCCCAUCUCACGCGCCUCUCCGCCAUGGCAGACGAAGCGCCUCGCAAGCGGUCACGCUUCGACCAGACGGAACCCGAGCCACGAAAGCCCUCCCGCUUCGACAGGCGCUCCCGAUCUCCUUCCUCCCGGCACAGCGAAUCCAGGAGAAGUCGCAGUCCGCUCGCAAAGGCCAGCCAGAGUCCCGCGGCUAGUGAGAAGCGCAGCACCCCUCUGGAUCCAGCUGCGGCCGCAGCUGCGGCCGCUGCGAAGAUCAAUGCCGAGUUGCAAGCCCGCAAAGGCAUCCAGCAUGUCGACGUCCCUCCAGUCCGAUCGUCGUCGACACCCACUCCUGCCCCUACUCCUGCGACGCCUUCCUCCGGUCACAGCGCAGCCAAAGUCGACGGUGAGAUCUACAUUGCGGACGGUGACUAUAUCAAGGACAUUGAGGUCAACGACUUGCGCAAUCGCUACACUUUGACCAAAGGAUCCACGCAGAAGAUGAUCAAAGACGAGACAGGAGCUGAUGUCACAACCCGCGGUUCCUACUAUCCGGACAAAUCCAUGGCUACGGCAGUUAAUCCACCGUUGUAUUUGCACGUCACUAGCACCACCAAGGCCGGGCUUGAGAAGGCGAUUGCAAAAAUCGAGGAGCUGAUGAAGCAAGAACUGCCCAACCUCGUUGAUGAAAGACGUUUCCGCCGAAGGGAGCCAGAGCAAUUCGAACGGGAUGAAUUUGGCAGGAGAAAAUGGCCGGAAGAGCGGAUCCCCAUCGACAUGGAAAACAUCCCGGGCUUCAACCUGCGCGCCCAGGUUGUGGGUCAAGGCGGCGCAUACGUCAAACACAUCCAACAGGAGACCGGAUGUCGAGUCCAGAUCAAGGGCCGCGGGUCUGGCUUCAUGGAACACAGCACCGGACAGGAGUCGGAUGAGCCAAUGUAUCUCCAUGUCGCCGGACCUCAACCCGCCCAGGUUCAGAAGGCCAAAGAACUGUGUGAAGAUCUGCUUGCUAACGUUCGCGUCAACUUUGAGCACUUCAAAGCGAACCCACCACCGCCGAGAAUGGAGUCGUACACUGAUGGUUAUGGAGCUGAUGCAAAUCGCAGUUCUUAUGGCGGACACGGAAGAGACCGCGGUCGCGACAACAGCUACUCGCAUGGCAACAACAACAACAACUACAACUCUCCCUACUCCGGGGCAUCGACAACUCCUGCACCUGGAACCGCUUCUUCACCAACAGACUACGCCGCCCAAUACGCUCAGUACUAUGCAAAUCAGCCCGGAGGCGAUCCUUAUGCUGCAUACGGCGGCUAUCAGAACUACGUUGCCUAUUAUCAAUACUACCAGCAACAGGCUGCUGCUCAUCAACAACAGUCGCCACCUCCACCGCCACCAGCAGAUUCGAAUCCACCGCCUCCUCCGGCGGAUGGCGGUGCUGCACCACCUCCACCACCUCCAUCUAGUGGCUAUUCGGCGGUGCCCCCGCCUCCAGGUUUAUGAGCAUGUAUGGUCUCAUUAGGCUGACGGUGUCAGAUAAAGCACUGCGACACCUAUUUCAGGGCAACAUGCGCAUUUCUUCUCCGCAAUCUUUGUCACUUGACCCUUCUUUCUUUCGACAUGAGUAUAGCAAUAUUCUGCCGGCGGGAUCGCGGUUUGUAUUUCAAACGCACAGGACGGGCCAACUUGCACGUUGGACAGGCAAAGUAUCACAAAAGGGCAUAAAUUCGAGAGAGCUGAUCGGUCAAUAGGGACCAGAUCCCAUAAUUCCAUUUGCAAGGUUUCCUCGUGCGUUUCUAGCAGCUGACUCUACUUGGCGUAGUCGUGACAUCCAGUCAGCCGCUGUGCUCAGCGUAGUGAGCCUGCUAUAUGAUGAGAUGGUUCGACUCAUUCUUGCUGAGUUUGAUUUGGUCGACCUCGACAAGUCAACGGCUGCAUGUGAGUGCACCAAGCUGCUUUUUCUACAGUCUCAUAUACCAGGUCGCUCGGUCCGAACGCGCAUGGUAUGCUGCUUGAUCAAGGAAUUCUAAGCCCUAGCACCAUUCUCAGUCUUGGCAAGGAGAGAACGAGUUCUGGAUGUUGGACUUUGCAAGCAUUCAAAGUCGGUUGGAGUCAAUGUGUGCAAAAUGCAUCCAGCACCGCUGUUCUGUCUGGUCCGCGUCGACGACCCAACAACGCCGUACUGCCUGCUCGAUUCAAGCAAACUGAGUACAGUGGCAUAUCGGAGAGUGGGCACGAAAUGGCAUCACCUCCAGGAAUUCAGCAUAUCAAGACAGCUUAUGAAGCACAUUUCUUUAACGAAUCUGAGAUCCAUCUUUUGGAUUGGCAUUCCUCAAUCAUCCACCCUUGCAUUAUGAUCAGCUGUUCGCCGCCUGGUCCCCCUUUCUUCUUUCUCCAUGCACAGCACUAACUUUAGUCGUGCUUCGGCCAGGGCUUGGGCACAGUUUCCAUACAAAGAUAGAGAAUCGACACCGCUAUUUGC